GCAUUCGUCGCGCUGCUGGCAUUCGCUGCUGCCAUUCCGAGGCCGGAUAAAGAUGCGCAGACGCUGCGGUUCGAUAACAACCACAACGGGAUAGAUGGCUACAAUUAUCAGGUGGAAACCAGCAACGGUAUCAAACAGGAGGAACAGGCCGAGCUGAGAAGUUUCGGUGAGGAUAAUGCGGCCAUUGUGGUACGUGGUUCGUACUCCUUCGUUGCCGAUGAUGGUCAGGUUUAUACCGUGAACUAUAUCGCCGACGAGAAUGGGUUCCAGCCGGAGGCGCCACAUCUGCCCAAGGCUUAAGUCAGAGCAAGUGAAGUGUGUUGAGUGAUGAAAGUAGAUCUUGUUAAUAAAAAAAUUAAUACUGAAAA